AUGCUGCAUCUUAAUGCCUUGUCAAACCCACAAAGACAACAGAUACGGAACGCUUUUGCUUUGUUAGAUGGAGAAUCAAAAGACUCUCUAAUAACCAAGGACGAUUUGCAAAAGAUGUACUCAAACCUUGGCAUCAAACAACCCUCAGAAACAGAAAUUCAGAAUAUGUUUACGAUUGAUAAUGUCGACUACUCCCAAAAAGGUAUAUCUUUUACACAAUUCCUGAACAUUCUUGCAAAAGAGCUUCUGUUGAUUGAAGAUAGAUCGUCGAUACUCGAAGCCUUGCAAGUGUUUCUGGUAAAGGGUGACCACAAGUCCUUCAAGGACGAGUUACAAAUAGAUCUUGAAGACUUGAAAGAUGCCUGCUGUUCCGUUCGCAUGAAUGAUGACAACCGUCUUUCACGCUCUUCGUUUGAUGAAUCAGUAAAGGGAUUUGUGCUGGAAACAAUAGACGGAAAAAAGGUAUUUUUAGCAUCCAAGUGGAUGUCUGCCUACAUCGACUAG